AGCGUGUCCGUGGCUCCUCGCUUCCUCGCACACAGUCUGGGAUCUGGCCCCGGGGCUGAACGGCACACAGCGCGCAUCAUGGCAGCUACGCACGGCGAGUACAGAGGCUACCUGCGGAACACCGUGGACAUGGAGUCGGGGCAGCACCGCUUCCACCCGGUGCAGAGCUCGGAGCCCACCUACCGGCCGCUGCUGUUCGGGACCCUCGCCGUUAUGGGAUUGCUUCAGGUGGCGUCCAGCGUGGCGAUCUUAUUACACCUGACCGGGUACCUGCAAGAGGUGGAUUUGUCCACGGCUCCACAUCGUCCCAUCGAGGAGGUGCAGACGGAGCCGGUGCUGAACGCUCUGAGAGACACGAGGAAAAAAGGACGCUGCAAAACUCCCAAGGAGAGUCUGCCCUCCGCUCAUCUGCCAAUCAGAACGUACCAGGAGUACUCCAAGAAGGGCGAACAGGCCAUCACCAUCGACUGGGACGAGGAGCACGGAUACUGCCACAAAAUGAGCUACCAGAAGGGCAAGCUGCUGGUGAAGGAGCUGGGCUUCUACUACGUUUACGCCAAGACCUGCUUCCGCUACUACAAGCUCGAGGACAGCAGUCAGCCCGGGAGCCCGCCGGUGGACGUCAGGAACACCCAGCUCAUCCAGUACGUCUACCGCGAGAGCAUCAAACAGAACAGCAAGGCCAUAAUGCUGAUGAAGACGGGCAGCACCGUGCGCUUGAACAGCACGAGCUAUAACAUGUACUGCGCCCAGCAGGGCCGCGGCGUGCGGCUGGAGGAGGGAGACACCUUGUUUGUCAACGUGUCCAACGCGUGGAUGCUGGACCUGGAGGGAGAAGGGACGUAUUUUGGGGCCAUAAAGUUGGGUAACUGAAAUUUAAAAAAAAAGAAACGUGAGGAGCGGACAUGCUACUGAACAUUUGAUAUGCCAAAGAACCACUGUUAGUGAUUUACAAUGUACAAAGAGUGUGUUUUUUUUUUUUUAUUGUACAUGUGUUAUUGUUGUUGUUUUACAUUUGCUCUUCACCAAUUAGCCUUGGAUUCCUUCAUCAGAACAUCUAAUGGAAACGUAAUCACCUCUUAAAACUCGUCGUGCCACUUAGCCCCUCCGACCUUCCCAGAAACCAAACAAGACCUUCAGCCCAAAACACAGCACUGGACUUUUCUUUUCUUUUUUUUGAUUGUUUUUAGAGGUUUUUUUUUUUUUUUUUUACAGUUAUGCGGUUUGUAUUGAGACAUUUCAACACAUUUCAGUGCAGAUUACAACAUGUUUGUGCACUAAUUAAACAAACCACAGGGGAGCGACCAAGGAAGUGAAGUUUGUUGGCAGGAGAAGUGCAGUGAGAAAGGAUUUAUCAGUGUUUAUUGUUGGAUAAAGAACAUUUGUAGCUGAUGGAGCAUCUGCUUGUACUUAGCAGAUUAUCACAGGAUAAAAAUAACACGACUUCCAGGCCUGUCUCUGACCCACGGCAGCAAAGACACUGACGCUGAAAGGUUCUGUAAGUGUGAGCGAGGCGAUGAGGCGUAACUCGGCAGCAGCGUUUGAAAGGAGCAGUUAGACGGUGGUUUACCUUCCAAACACUUUGGCUACAUCCGCGUGACGACUGAUCCGUUUGCAAACACACCGGCUCGGCUCCGGAUUCACCUGACGUCCAGUUGGAGAGGCGCUCAAACGGGAGAAGUUUGGAAAACCGCUGCCGGUUCAGUUUUCAGUUUCCGCAGCUGAGUUUUAGUCUGAACGAGCAGAAACUGAGACGUGUGGAAACGAUGACGAGGGGUCUUUUCGGCCACGUAGCCUUCGCUGAUUCGCCAGGCUCCUGUCACGUGACCAUCACGUGUACAACACAACACGGAGAAUCAAUCACAAGUGUUACUGACCCGGUUGUCUUUGCUUACAGCUGUUAAAUAGUGUAUUGUACCAUGAUACAACAGUUUGGAGGCGACAGAGAUGUUGUUCGUGUAGUUCCUGUGUCCGCUGGCACACGCAUGUUCAGUGUAUGUGAGUGGUCACGUGAUGCGUUUCCAGGUGUUUCAGUGUGGACGCGGAUUAAAACUGAUUCGGAGCCAAAACGCUCGUGAAGAUGCUGUUUUCAGACGAAGACGUCGUCGUGUGGAUGUAGCCUUUGACUCUGACGUUGUUUUUUUUUAAAGCAACACAAUCAGUUUAACAAGAAGAAAGUUGUGUGUGUGUUUGUUUGUUUGUUUGUUUGUUUGUUUGUCUGUGUGUGAGUGAGUGUGUGUGCUCCAGAGAGUUUCCUGUCUCUAAUGAAAUCUAACGAGUGGUCUGUUCCUUUCAAGGCGAUUUACGCGACAAAGUCAUUUUGAACUAAGGAGGAAAUGACACGUGUGUGUUAUGUUUGUGACGAUCACCACGCGAUGCAGAUAGCUGGACUGUCUGACCACAGCUGACAUGAAUAGACUCUUCACUAGAGGAACCGAGUUGACUUUGGUUCAUCGUUAACUUAAAAUUCUGUUUUUCAUUUGGCUCUUCACGGAGGCAAAUGGGAAUAUGCACUAAAUAUUUAUUUAUUAGCUAUAGAAGUACAGCGACGGGUCAUUGUUACAGUGACGCCGCCGCUGCAAAAAAUCAUCUAUAUUUUAUGUCUGUACGACAUCCAUUACGCAGCACUUAGAGGAAAUAGUAGACACGCUUUUUCUUAUUAAAACACAGGGGCUUCAUUUUAAAUUCCAUAUUUAUGUAUCUUGAUUUUGACAAUUCUGUGUGCACUCGCCUAGCCAAAAGCAAUAUAUAAGGAUAUAUUGCUUCUUCUACAAGAUUGUAGCAAACCUGUAAGACCUUCAUCUGAUUUUUGUUUUCCAUUCAGUGUUCCUUUUUUAUUUAUGUUUGUGUACGUUCUAAUAAAAAAAAAACUACUUUUGUAA